UGGAGGCAGCUUAUUUCAGUAUCACCCAGGGUGCAGCCACACCAGAGACUGUGUUGAAGGGUGUUUUUUCUUUUAAAUGUAACACUUUCUCAUCUUUUCUUCUUAAAUAGUCCCUAAGAACAUUUACAUUAUAGACAAGUAGUACAUGGUGGAUAAAUUCUAAUUCCAAGAGGACUGCUUUCUUCUGACAAGUCUUUAGGUUGGUCCUCCACACUAAGACAACAUGAAGGAAUACAUGCUCCUACUGUUCCUGGUCUUGUGCUCUGCCAAACCCUUCUCUAGCCCUUCGUACAUGACACUGAAGAAUAUGAUGCUCAAGGACAUGGAAGACAUAGAUGACGAUGAUGACGACAACUCUCUUUUUCCAACAAGAGAGCCAAGAAACUCCUUUUUCCCAUUCGAUCUGUUUCCAAUGUGUCCAUUUGGAUGUCAGUGCUACUCACGAGUUGUACACUGUUCUGAUCUAGGUUUGACCUCAGUCCCAAGCAACAUUCCAUUUGAUACUCGAAUGGUUGACCUUCAAAACAAUAAAAUUAAGGAAAUCAAAGAAAACGAUUUUAAAGGACUCACUUCACUUUACGCUCUAAUUCUAAACAACAACAAGCUAACAAAGAUUCACCCAAAAACCUUUUUAACCACAAAGAAGCUGCGAAGGCUGUAUUUGUCCCACAAUCAACUAAGUGAAAUACCACUUAAUCUUCCCAAAUCCUUAGCAGAACUCAGAAUUCAUGAUAAUAAACUUAAGAAAAUACAAAAGGACACAUUCAAAGGAAUGAAUGCUUUACAUGUUUUGGAAAUGAGUGCAAAUCCUCUUGAUAAUAAUGGAAUAGAGCCAGGAGCAUUUGAAGGGGUGACGGUGUUCUAUAUCAGAAUUGCAGAAGCAAAACUGACCUCAAUUCCUAAAGAACUACCUUCAACUUUAUUGGAGCUUCAUUUAGAUUUUAAUAAAAUUUCAACUGUGGAACUUGAGGAUUUUAAACGAUACAAAGAACUGCAAAGGCUGGGCUUAGGAAACAACAGAAUCGCUGAUAUUGAAAAUGGAAGUCUUGCUAACAUACCACGUGUGAGAGAAAUACACUUGGAAAACAAUAAACUAAAAAAAAUCCCUUCCGGAUUACAGGAGUUGAAAUACCUCCAGAUAAUCUUCCUUCAUUCUAAUUCAAUUACAAAAGUGGGAGUGAACGACUUCUGUCCAACAGUGCCAAAGAUGAAGAAAUCUUUAUACAGUGCAAUAAGUUUAUUCAACAAUCCGGUGAAGUACUGGGAAAUACAACCUGCAUCAUUUCGCUGUGUUUUGAGCAGAAUGAGUGUUCAGCUUGGGAACUUUAGAAAGUAAUAAUUAGUAAUUGGUAAUGUCCAUUUAGUAUAAAAGUAAAAAGUGCUUACAUUUGGAAUACUUGAAGUCUAUUAAUAAUGGUAAUAUUAUACAUAAGCAAAAAUCUAUUCCCACAUGGUAAGUCCACUGACUUAUUUUAUGACAAAAAAUUUCAACAGAAUUUUGCCAAACUAUUAGCACAUAAGGAUUAAGAGAAACAAGCAUCUACUGCAGUUUCUUUUUGUGUACAAGUGAUUUUGCAUAAAUCUCAUGCUUGAACAUUCCUUUCAGUUACGAAAAAUAAGACAUUCAGUAUUUAAUACUUUGUUAUCAAGCACAUUUUAAAAAGAACUGUACUGUAUAUGAAAUGCUUGACCUAGCGAAAUUUGUGCUCUUUCAUUUGCCAUUAGAAAAACAACAUUGACAAGAACAGUUAUAUGAAGAGUACAUUUUACUAGUCUUAUUCUUCCUUUAAUAACUUGGAUAGUACUGUAGCAUUUCUAAUCAUGUUAAAGUAUGGUUUCAUAUAGUCAUCUUGAUAUUCUCAUGUCUUAGAGCCUGUCUUUACAUUUAAAACUUUUUUUUCUUAUAAUAAAGCCUUCAGUAUGUGUUCAUUACCAACUUGACAGAUGCUAUUCAUAAGAGCUGGGUUUUGGGCUAUAGCACGUGAUUUUCUUUUUUACCUGAUAAUAAAACCUCUGUAAAAAUUAUGUAGUGUUUAUAUAAAAUCUGUAACUCAUAUCUUUUUCUAUCAGUUAUUAUAAGCUUUUAAUAGCAAGUCAAUUGUUAGGUUAUAUAACGUCAUCACCUCUAGUCUAAGAAAUAUUUUCGAAAUGUCCCUUUGGAAGACCUUGCUUGGAAGAGACAGGACACUAUCAAUUCUAAGUCAAAUUUUCUCCUCAAAUAUGUACAGACUGGAUAAUUCUAAGAAACAUACCUGGUAUAACUGAAUAGGCAGAGCAUCAAAUAAAACAGACAAAAACUGAAAGCUUUAUAUACAAGUUAAGAAUACUAUAUGUUUUUUUUAUUGGCAU